UUUAUUUCCUUGUCAUAUUUGUUUAUUCAUUUAUGUCUUUUGUGGGUUUUCUGCGAUGAACAGUAAACAACUUCAAGACUUCUGCGGCGUAGAUUCCCAGGUCCCACCAUGGAUUGGAGUUCAUUACCAGAACACAUCGUUAUCCAGAUUAUGUCAAAGCUUCUUCAACUCAAUGACCGUUACCAUGCCUCUUUGACAUGCAAAGCUUGGAAUAACUGUUUUCACUCUUCGUGCCUCUGGCAUACUGUGGUCUUUAAGUUCUUGUCUGAAAGAAAUCAAUCUCUUCUCGGCUCCUUAAAUAAAUAUGGACAUUUUUUCAAGCAUCUAACUGUGGUGUUAGAUCAAAGUGAAGAAUACAACAGACAAAAUUCCAUAAAGCUUUUGAAAUAUCUAUCAUUGUUACCAAAUCGCCGCCUUACGACUCUCACUAUUAUAUUUACUUCAAAGAACCCUUUGUUUUAUGCCGGUACAGAGUUCGUACAAGCAUUAAGAGAGUUGUUUGAUACCAGCUCGUUAAAAGACGCUGAAGAAUCCCCGGCUCAAUUGACACAGGUUAGUUUAGAGCACCUUGAUGUCGCCUAUGAUGACACAGUCUUUGACUAUCUCUCAGAGAACAACCCAAAACUACAGAUGCUAAACAUACAAAACCAUGUACUUGUUUGCAAAGUGACCUGUGAUUGCAUGUUAAGGUUAGUUCAGCGCUGUCAUUACCUGCAAGAACUGCACCUAUUUUACUCCUGUCUUUCAGACAAUGUCUUGUUUGCAUUUGCCGAAAGCAAUCGGCCCCCUACCAUGAAACGUAUGUCACUGAAAUGUAGAAUCGAAGACAAAUAUCACUCCGAUCUUUCACCGGAAGCUUGGUCAGCAUUCAGACAAGCUCAUCCCCAGCUUGAAGUGAAGCUAGUAUUUGAUCACACCUGUCCAAAAGACCGUGUAAUGGAAAUUAUGCAACCUGAAAUUCCAGUAGCACACCUGCAUUUAGACACAUUUACUAUGCUUAAUGAUGAAGUGAUUCAAACGGCGAAAUACUAUUCUGACACUUUGCAAAGCUUGGUUCUUCGCACGGUAUCUUCAAAUUCUUUGAAUGAAUCUCUCAUAUACAUGGCCACACAUUGCAAGAAAAUUGGUAAACUCUAUGUCUACUGUGUCCUGGAGCCAUGGGUUAUAGAAAGAUUAUUUGAAUUGUGCCCCAAACUGAAAGAAACUGGUAAUUACAUUCUCAAAGACAAAAAGGAACCUGAACCUUGGGUAGUUGGCAUUGAAGAUGACUACUGGUAAAAAAUAGCAGGGUGUUUUUUUAUAAGGGAACUACUAAUUAAAGGGAUGAUCGUUUUUAUAAUGUGUAAAAAGGAAAGAGAUUCAUUUUACAAAAUUUGCAAGCAAUAAAAUUUUAUCGAACAACCAA